UGGAAGUUGGAGCAUUCUACUAGACUGUCAGAAAAAUAAAUAAAUAAAUAAAUAAAUAAAUAAAUAAAUAAAUAGAUAAAUAAAUAAAUAAAUAAAUAAAUAAAUUUGGACUGAAAGGCAGAAAGAAAAAGUAAAAACAAGAAGGGAAGUAAUAAAGACACAUAUUAGUAAAUCGCUUAUCAGGCAAUGCCAGAAGAGUUACGUCCCAUGGAAACAAACAAUUCGCUGGUAAAAGAAAACAAAGAAUCAACGUUGACCAUGACGGCAGACGGUCAGACGGACGGACAUGACAGAAUCACAGAAAGAGGGCAAAGGAAUGGAGAACCAUUUCAUAAUUCUGAAGGGAAUGGAGGAUUACGUGUGAACCCUACAAGUAGUGUUUCCGUGUACAUUCAUCAGAAUAGUCAGAACGAAGAGAGGGAAGAACAGGAGCUGGGUGGGGUUGUGAACCAAAGUUUUACCCCGGUGGACAGGGACCACCAGAGAGUGUCCAGAACUGAAGGAACCAACAUGAUGAAGAAUCAUGUUGUUUAUAUAGGCGGUGGAAGGACAAACACUGUGCUACGCUCUGACGUUUUGUCUCGCAAUUGUGUUAUGGACACGACAAUGGAGAAGCCCUCAUCCAAGCAAAGAGUGUGGUCAAGGUGCUUCCAGUUCACCGUGAUGGUCGUGAUAUCUAGUAUAAUUUCAAGCGCAAUAGUUGCACCGCUCAUACUGGCCCUCGUGCGGUCGUCAUCAGAAAGCCUGAAGGAAAUUCCCAAUUGGCGGUCAGAACAAAACAAUCCAAAUAUCUCAAAAUCAGAUGCCUUAAUACGGGAAAACCCGGAUAGAACGAUUAUUGGAAGUUUCGUACCAGACCAAGACCUUCUUUAUAGAGACAAAGUUCUUAGAUGGAAUAACUCUCUGUAUGCGAAUACGCAAUACAUGGUUGCCAGCGACACGGACUCUUGUGUUAAGGUAAUGGAAGCAGGAAUAUACGAGGUCGUGUCCCAAAUCACCUUCCAACCCUCUUCCGAUACCAGCAUCUUGGCCCACACACUGCUCACCAAAGGCCAGGAUGGGGAGGAAGAGGCCGUGCAAAAAAAGUUGAUCUCAGUUCCCGCCCGAAUUCAGUCCCUCGAGAAAGAGGCCUACAAGCUUCCAAGCAAUCUAAUCGCAUUUGCGGAUAUGAAGUCUGGGGACGAACUGUGUACCAGGUUAUCGCCGCUUGAACAAGUCUACGCGUCCACUUUAGAUAACGCGCUGACCAUUAUCAGAUUGUAAACUUAUGGCCAUGCUAAUUCGGCGAAUGCACUUCUCUCAGACAAGACUCUUAUCAAGCGUGGUAUUUAUAGUUUUACACUCCCAAAUGAACACUGCUCAAAUUGUGACAUUCGGAGCUCCUCAUACAUUUUUAUCGGAAACAACCUCUGAUGUAUGCCGGUACAUCAGUAGAAGUAGUUCGUAUAAUUUUGAAUUAUAUUAAUUAAAUGUAGACUUUUAGCUGUAUUUAUUGAUCUAAGUUUAAAUUGAUUGCUAGUCAAUCGUAUUAUUGCAAACAUAAUUAAGAUUCCCAAGAGUUAAGUCAUUAAGUUUAACUGCUUAAUUAAAUUACCACCCGAUCUACUUGCAGCGGAAUUAAAGUGUACCGAUUUCUGACAUUUUAAACCGUCCAUAUACAUCCGAGGUUAUUUUCGAUAAAAAUGGCCGAGGAUUUCCGAAUGAAAUGGUGGAACACAUGAUAGUUCUUAAGCAUUAUCAGUAUAACACAUCAUUUGAAUGACGUCAUGACAUUUAUCGUGUUCAGUAUGUUGAGUUAAUGUAUAAAUGCAUAGUCCUUAAUGAUUGAUUGAUUUAUUUAUUAGUGUAAAUGGCGAUGUAUGAUUUUCAUAACAAGUAUUAUAUGCGAAUUGGACCGUAUUAAUAUUUAUUUUUUCAAUUGUGAGUGUGUUUUUAACUUAUUAUCGUAUGAAGUUUAAACUUUUUUUUUAAAGCUCAAUUCAUUUUUUUGACAACCAGAAUUUGAAAUAACGGUUAAAAUUAACUUAUAGUAUAUUUGGAACGGUUCACAUUGUAUUACGUUUACCUGGCAUAAUAUAUGUUUUUAUCUUAACAAAGAUAUGUUUUUUGUCAUGGUUAUAAUUAUUAUUGGUUUGCACUUGGAAUUUAAAUAUCUUUAAAUAUUGGUUAAAGAGUGUUAGUAGGCGAAUGGUUUUUAGUGGUCUACGUGAUAUUUGGUAAACUACAUACCUACUAGGCCAGCCACUGUUAAUAAUAUACCGCAUCACCUGAUUAAAUCAAUAACGGCCUGCUGCUGAUUUACUGAUAUGAAUGUACGGAACAUUUUGGAAAUACUGCUUUCUCAUUGGACUAAAUAUAAUGUUGACCUCUAACGCUUAUGUUUGGACAUUUGUUUAUAUGUUGUAUGUACAGUCGAACCCCGUUAGCUCGAACUCACAAGGACCGUAGAAAAUAAAUCGAGCCUCGGAAAAUUCGAGCCAACCGGAAAUACUUACCAUUAGUAUAAAGAAAUCGGUCCUUAAUAUCCAGUUCGAGCCAACGAGGAAAUCGAGCCAAGCGAGCUCGAGCCAACGGAGUUUGACCGUAGCUUAAUAUUUUGAGAGAUGGCAUUACCUAAACGUGUUUCAUUUUACAAUUACAGUAAUAUUGAUCUCAUUUUUCCUCAAUAUUUAUCUAUAUUUCUACACUGUUUUACACAUAUAUUUUUGUCAUUUUUUAUAUUUAUUUUACAUAGUUUACCAAAAAUUUAUUGUUUGUACAUAUU